AUGCUACUUUCACCUCGCUACUCGUCUGUCCAGGUACAGGUGUUUGGUGAUACACAUGGCAACUAUGUUUAUCUGUGGGAGCGUGACUGUUCCAUCCAACGUCGUCACCAGAAGAUUAUAGAGGAGGCUCCCGCACCAGGACUCACUUGGGAGACACGGAAGGCAAUUGGCGAAGCUGCCGUCCGCGCUGCCGGCGCCGUCAAAUAUACAGGCGCCGGGACUGUCGAGUUUGUCAUGGAUUCUAUGCAAAAGUUUUUUUUCAUGGAGAUGAAUACCCGACUACAGGUUGGUUAA